AUGGACCCCAAAUGGUUUCCACCUCCAAAUCGGGCUCUCCAAUCCGGAGGAGGAAGCAUCUUGGCUGCCCAUGGCAUUGGCACGGCCGCUUUAUUGCUUCCUCAGGGCCGUUUCCGCCAUGUCAUAGUCGUCCCGCCGCUGGUGUGGAUUGCUUACAAUUUACGGCAGCAUACCACCGGCAAGACAAGUGAGGACUACCUGACCGCCGUCCACGUCUGCAUGGGGUGUCUCAAAUGGAUUGACUUCUCCGUCUUGAGGGUUCCCGAGCAGUCUCUUCGUCGUGUACGAGCCGAUGGAAGUGUAGAAACGGCCGAGGAAAUACAAAAUAUGACAGUCUGGUCGAAACUUCGAUGGCUCUUGGAUCUCCAAUCGACCAUGCGUGGCAUUGGAUGGAAUUGGAGGGUCAAAAAUGUUGAUGAUGUGCCCCCAGAUAUCUCGCGGAGUCGAUUUGUGCUGGAGCAGGUCAUCCGAGCCGGAUACUGCUUCGCGUACAUCGACAUUCAUGAAUGGUAUAUUCGUCGGACACCAUUCGGCGAUGGCAGUAGUGGUCCUCCUGACCUCUUUUCCAUCCCAAUUGGCGAGCAAAUCUUUUGGGCUUGGUUUCGAGCCUGCCACAGUGGAUUCACCCUAGUUUUUGGCUACUACCUUUUGGCGGCUAUCCUCGUUGGCUGUGGUCUGUACCGCCCUCAAUCAUGGCCGCCCAUGUUUGGCUCGUUCAUCAGGAAAGGCUAUACCAUGCGAAACAUUUGGGGCUAUUGCUGGCAUCAAUUCCUCCGCCGAACUUUGGAGACAUACAACUCGUGCCUCAUCACUCUUUUCGGGGUCAAAAGAGGUUCGUUGGCGUCGCGUUAUUUGCAGCUUUACAACGCUUUCUUCAUUUCGGCUCUGAUUCAUCAUGUCGGUGCCCUGAAUAUCCCUUACUCUUCAUCCGUGUGGGAUCAAUUUAUUUUCUUCAUGAUGCAACCCGUGGCAAUCACCAUAGAAGAUUUUGCGAUAUAUCUGGGCAAGAGGGCCGGUUUGAAAGAGAGUUGGAAGACUAGAGCAGUUGGAUAUGCUUGGGUAUGGUGUGUGCUGAGCUAUACUCUUCGAUUUGCGAUCAAGUCGUUUAUGGAUGUUGGAUUGGGCAGUGCCCGACAUCCUUUCGUAGAGAAAUUCAGCAUCAUGGACCGCGUUUUUGGAUAG